GCUUGCUCCUGGCUGAGUCGAGCUGAGCGGAUCUCCAGCAGUCACAUGACAGAGACAUUUUUUUUGAGCUGCAGAGUGAUUGCUAACAGCUCACUGAUUAAUCAUCAUGCCAACCACUCAGCAGUCACCACAGGAUGAGCAGGAGAAGCUGCUGGACGAGGCGGUCCAGGCCGUGAAAGUGCAGUCUUUCCAAAUGAAGCGCUGCCUGGACAAGAACAAGCUGAUGGACGCACUGAAACACGCCUCUAACAUGCUGGGCGAGCUCAGGACCUCCAUGCUGUCUCCGAAAAGCUACUAUGAACUCUACAUGGCCAUAUCAGAUGAGCUACACUACCUGGAGGUUUACCUGACUGACGAGUUCGCUAAAGGUCGUAAGGUGGCUGAUCUGUAUGAGCUGGUACAAUACGCUGGGAACAUCAUCCCUAGGCUGUACCUGUUGAUAACGGUGGGCGUGGUCUACGUGCGCUCCUUCCCACAGUCGCGCAAGGACAUUUUGAAGGACCUGGUGGAGAUGUGUCGUGGUGUGCAGCAUCCUCUGAGAGGUCUGUUCCUGAGGAACUACCUGCUGCAGUGCACACGCAACAUCCUGCCCGACGACGGGGAGCAGGCCGAGGAGGAGAUGACCGGCGACAUCAACGACUCGAUUGACUUUGUCCUGCUGAACUUUGCCGAGAUGAAUAAGCUGUGGGUGCGAAUGCAGCACCAGGGCCACAGUCGUGACCGCGAGAAGCGAGAGAAGGAGAGGCAGGAGCUGCGCAUCCUCGUCGGCACCAACCUGGUCCGACUCAGCCAGCUCGAGGGCGUUAACGUCGAGAAAUACAAACAGAUUGUUCUGGCAGGAGUCUUGGAGCAGGUGGUGAACUGCAGAGAUUCUCUAGCGCAGGAGUACCUCAUGGAGUGUAUUAUACAGGUUUUUCCAGACGAGUUCCACCUCCAGACCCUGAACCCGUUUCUCCGAGCGUGUGCCGAACUCCACCAGCACGUCAAUGUCAAGAACAUCAUCAUAGCUCUUAUUGACAGGUUGGCUCUGUUCGCUCACAGAGAAGAUGGACCUGGAAUCCCAGCUGAAAUCAAACUCUUUGAUAUUUUCUCCCAGCAAGUGGCCACAGUCAUCCAGUCUCGUCAGGACAUGCCGUCGGAGGACGUGGUGUCUCUGCAGGUGUCCCUCAUUAACCUGGCGAUGAAGUGCUACCCCGAACGCGUGGAUUACGUGGACAAGGUUCUCGAGAGCACUGUGGAGAUCUUCAACAAGCUCAAUCUGGAACACAUUGCAACAAGCAGUGCCGUAUCGAAGGAGCUCACCAGGCUGCUGAAGAUCCCUGUGGACACCUACAACAACAUCCUGACUGUCCUGCAGCUCAAACACUUCCCGCCGCUCUUUGAGUACUUCGAUUACGAGUCGCGCAAGAGCAUGAGCUGCUACGUGCUCAGCAACACGCUGGACUACAACACCACCAUCGUGGCCCAGGAGCAGGUGGAUGCAAUCCUGAACCUGGUGUCCACACUGAUCCAGGAUCAGCCAGAUCAACCUGCUGAGGAUCCCGACCCAGAGGACUUUGCGGAGGAGCAGAGUUUAGUGGGUCGCUUCAUCCACCUGCUACAUUCCGACGAUCCGGACCAACAGUACCUGAUAUUAAACACAGCCAGGAAGCACUUCGGAGCCGGGGGUAAUCAGAGGAUCCGCUACACGCUGCCCCCGCUGGUGUUCGCCGCCUAUCAGCUGGCCUUCCGCUACAAAGACAACGCCUCUUCGGACGAUAAGUGGGAGAAGAAGUGCCAGAAGAUCUUCUCCUUCGCCCAUCAGACCAUCAGUGCUCUGAUCAAGGCCGAGCUGGCCGAGCUGCCGCUGCGUCUCUUCCUGCAGGGGGCGCUGGCCGCCGGGGAGAUCGGCUUCGAGAACCACGAGACCGUCGCCUACGAGUUCAUGUCCCAGGCGUUCUCUCUGUAUGAGGAUGAGAUCAGUGACUCUAAGGCCCAGCUCGCAGCCAUCACGCUGAUCAUCGGCACGUUCGAGCGCAUGCGCUGCUUCAGCGAGGAGAACCACGAGCCUUUGAGAACCCAGUGCGCUCUCGCCGCCUCCAAACUGCUGAAGAAACCCGACCAGUGCCGGGCAGUCAGCAUCUGCGCUCACCUCUUCUGGUCCGGACGCAACACCGACAAGAACGGAGAUGAGAUUCGUGAUGGGAAGCGUGUGAUGGAAUGCUUGAAGAAGGCCCUGAAGAUCGCAAACCAGUGCAUGGACCCGUCUCUGCAGGUCCAGCUCUUCAUCGAGAUCCUCAACCGCUACGUGUGUUUCUACGAGCGCGAGAACGACGCGGUAACUGUCCAGGUCCUGAACCAGCUGAUCCAGAAGAUCCGUGAGGAUCUGCCCAACCUGGAGGCGAGCGAGGAGACGGAGCAGAUCAACAAACACUUCCACAACACACUGGAACACCUCCGCCUGCAGAGGGAGUCGCCCGAGUCAGAGGGCCCCGCCUACGAGGGGCUGGUCCUGUAGAGGUCACGCCCCUUUCAUCCAACACACAUACCUACAUCUGUCUGUGUACACACCCUAUAGACAUACUGAGAGUGUGUGUGUCCGUGUGUGUGUCACACCUGAACAUCUGCUCCAGCUAAUAGAAAAGCCCAACCGAACCGCCAUCUUCAUGUCACUGUCUCUUUUAGUUCUUUAUUUUCUCCUUUUAUCUCUCUCACUCUUCAUCAUCGUUUUGAUCUGUAAUUUAAGUAAAUUAUAAUUAAAAUAAUCAUUUCUAUCUCUUUCUCUUUUGUAGUUUUUCUUUCUUAUUCCUUUUCUCUUUUCCUCUUUCUGUUAUUCCUUUCAUUCUUUUUCUCUUUCUUUAACAAUUUUCUCUUUAAUUUUUUCUGCUUUUUGUAAAUUCUUUCUUUUUUUUCUUCCUUCUUCUUUCUUAUCUGGCUUAUUUGCUCCGCGAGCCUGUUUGUGGAGGUUCAUUAGGAUGCUCUGCGUUUUUCCGCAUUUCUCUUCGCUCUUAAAGAGAAUCAGAGCUGCUGCUGUUCUUUGUUAUUCUGUCAUCUUUCUGUGUCCUUCUCUCUCUCUCUGCUUUUCCACCCUGUCCCUGUCUGUGGCGGUGUGGUCAGUGUAUGCUGGAGUAAAAUGUGAAGAGAUGAAAUGGUGUGUGUGUGUCACAUGCUGGUGCGCUGGCUUUUCUACAGAGCGGAGGCAGACGUGAGCGUGCUCAGAUGAAAGUGUGUGUGUCUGUGUGUCUGUCUGUCUGUGUGUGUGUGUGGCUACCAAUUUCCUCAGCCUCCAGCUCUAUCACGUUCCCUUCUAUUUUUUUUAACUGAUUAUUUCCCUCUGUUCCCUCUGCGUGUCCUGUCUGUAUAAUCUUACUGUAAAUCAGCUACAAUGAAAAAUCAUUGAUUUCAUGACAUUUGCGCAAAUAAACAAAUUAUUAACCCUGAGAAAACAUUA